AUGUCUGUGGUGGCUGCAGCAGAACUACCUGGAUGUUCAGGUGCCCAGCCCGAUCAGGAUGGGCCGGGAGUGGGGGUAAAAUUGAAAAAUGUUCAAGAUUUGCUGCUGUUGGAUGUCACUCCUCUUUCCCUUGGCAUUGAAACUGCUGGUGGAGUCAUGACUGUCCUCAUCAAGCGCAAUACUACCAUUCCUACCAAGCAGACACAGACCUUCACUACCUAUUCUGACAACCAGCCUGGUGUGCUCAUUCAGGUUUAUGAAGGUGAGAGGGCCAUGACCAAGGAUAACAACUUGCUUGGCAAGUUUGAACUCACAGGCAUACCUCCUGCACCUCGUGGUGUUCCUCAGAUUGAAGUCACUUUUGAUAUUGAUGCCAAUGGCAUCCUCAAUGUCUCUGCUGUGGAUAAAAGUACAGGAAAAGAGAACAAGAUUACCAUCACUAAUGACAAGGGUCGCCUGAGCAAGGAAGACAUCGAGCGCAUGGUCCAGGAAGCUGAGAAGUACAAAGCUGAAGAUGAGAAGCAGAGGGACAAGGUAUCUUCCAAGAAUUCACUUGAAUCCUAUGCAUUUAACAUGAAAGCAACUGUUGAAGAUGAAAAACUCCAGGGCAAGAUCAAUGAUGAAGACAAACAGAAGAUUCUUGACAAGUGCAACGAAAUCAUCAACUGGCUUGAUAAGAAUCAGACUGCAGAGAAGGAAGAAUUUGAACAUCAGCAGAAAGAGCUGGAAAAAGUCUGCAAUCCCAUCAUUACCAAGCUAUACCAGAGUGCAGGAGGCAUGCCAGGGGGGAUGCCUGGAGGCUUCCCUGGUGGUGGAGCCCCUCCUUCUGGUGGUGCCUCUUCUGGACCCACCAUUGAAGAGGUUGAUUAAGCCAACCUUGAGCAUAAAUUUAGCAUUGUUCCACAUAAAAUAUGGAAGGACCCAAAUUUGUAGCAAAUUCACAGCAGUUUUAAAGUUGAGCUGUUAUAGUAAGAAAAACUGGGCAUUCUUAAUACUUGAAUAUGGAAUAUGUGCACAGGGAAAGGAAAUAACGAUGUACUUUAUAUGCACUGUAUUGUAAAGUGGAAAAUGCAAUGUCUUAAAUAAAACUAUUUAAAAUU